ACGCGCGUUUAACUCCGCGCCACGAGACCGAGAGAGACGCACGCUCGCGCUCGGCGCUUGGAUUACCGCUGGAUGUGAAUAAACUCUCUUCAGCUGAACUCACACAACACCGCGAUGAGGAUGAGGAGCAGGUUGUGAGAGCGUUGCAGGAGCGUUGUGAGCUGGCACACUCCGCGGGUGAGUCGUAACAUCAUGCCUGUGCCAAGCGACUGUGUAGCGUUACCCUCCGUCCGACACUGUCUCCUGCUGCUCACCGCCUGUGUCCUGCUCUCCAGCGCCGAGUCGCCACCAAAGUUCUUGCGAACCCCGAACGAUCAGACGGGCGUUCAGGGCGGCGUCGCCUCCUUCAUCUGCCAGGCUUCGGGCGACCCGCGGCCCAAGAUCGUGUGGAACAAGAAGGGGAAGAGAGUGAGCAACCAGCGUUUUGAGGUCAUAGAGUUCGAUGACGGAUCGGGCUCCGUUCUGAGAAUCCAGCCACUGCGGACGCCGCGCGAUGAAGCCAUUUACGAAUGCGUGGCCUCCAACAGUGUUGGGGAGACGAGCGCCACCACACGACUCACUGUUUUACGUGAGGAUCAGCUGCCCCCAGGUUUCCCCACCAUAGAUAUGGGCCCCCAGCUCAAGGUGGUGGAGCGCACCCGUACUGCCACCAUGCUCUGUGCUGCUAGCGGUAACCCCGACCCAGACAUUUCCUGGUUCAAAGACUUCCUCCCGGUCAACACCAGUAACAACAACGGCCGCAUCAAACAGCUCCGAUCAGAGUCCUUUGGUGGUACGCCAAUAAGAGGAGCGCUGCAAAUCGAACAAAGCGAGGAAUCGGACCAAGGGAAGUACGAAUGUGUCGCGACCAACAACGAUGGCACGCGCUAUUCCGCACCUGCCAACCUGUAUGUCAGAGAGCUGCGAGAAGUGAGACGGGUUCCUCCCCGGUUCUCCAUUCCCCCGACGGACAAUGAGAUCAUGCCCGGUGGCAGCGUUAACAUCACCUGUGUGGCCGUCGGGUCACCGAUGCCCUACGUUAAAUGGAUGUUGGGGUCGGAGGAUUUGACCCCUGAAGAUGACAUGCCCAUUGGGCGAAACGUGCUGGAACUCACCGACGUCCGGCAGUCGGCCAACUACACAUGCGUCGCCAUGUCAACGCUGGGCGUUAUAGAGGCGGUCGCACAGAUUACGGUCAAAGCUUUACCGAAGCCACCAGGUGUUCCCCAGGUAACGGAACGCACAGCAACAAGCAUUACGCUCACAUGGGAUUCUGGGAAUCCCGAACCUGUUUCUUAUUACAUCAUCCAGCACAAGCCCAAAAACUCUGAGGACUCUUUUAAAGAGAUCGAUGGAGUCGCCACCACUCGAUACAGCGUGGGUGGGCUAAGCCCUUACUCCGACUACCAGUUCAGAGUAGUCGCAGUGAAUAACAUUGGACACGGGCCUCCCAGCGAAGUCAUUGAGUCCAAAACAGCGGAGCAAGCACCGAGUACCGCCCCGCGGCAAGUCCGAGGGCGCAUGCUAAGUGCCACGACCGCCAUCAUCCACUGGGAUGAACCUGAGGAGGCAAAUGGGCAGAUUACAGGCUACAGGGUUUACUACACCACCGAUCCCAGCCAGCAUGUCAACCAAUGGGAGAAACAGAUUGUAAGGACUUCCAACUUCCUCACCAUUCCGGGCCUGACGCCCAAUAAGACUUACUACAUCAAGGUCCUGGCCUUCACCUCUGUAGGAGAUGGACCACUCUCAUCUGAUUUGCAGAUCAUAGCCAAAACUGGAGUGCCCUCUCAACCAACGGACUUCAAAGGUGAAGCCAAAUCUGAGACGAGCAUCUUGCUGUCGUGGAACCCCCCGACUCAGACGGGCCAGGACAAUCAAAUCGUCGGAUACGAGCUGCUCUAUAAGAAAGGAGAUGACAAAGAGGAGAAACGAGUAAGCUUUGAGCCCACCACAACCUAUUUACUGAAAGAUCUGAAGCCAUUCACUACCUACACGUUUCAGCUGGCCGCUCGCAGCAAACACGGCAUCGGCGCAUACACCAACGAGAUCUCAGCCGAAACGCCUCAGACACAGCCCUCAGCUCCACCCCAGGAAGUCAAGUGUACUAGUCCCAGUUCUACCAGCAUUCUGGUAAGUUGGAAACCGCCGCCGGUGGAGCUCCAAAACGGAAUAAUGACCAGAUACACCGUCCAGUACGCAGCGACCGAAGGCGAUGAUACCUCGUUGCAUCAAGUCUCGGACAUACCGCCAGAAAAGUACCAUUAUCUGUUGGAAAACUUGGAGAAAUGGACGGAAUACCGUGUGACAGUGAGCGCCCACACUGAAGCGGGAGAAGGCCCUGAGAGUUUACCUCAGCUAAUCCGUACGGAGGAGGAUGUGCCCAGUGGCCCUCCUCGUAAAGUCGAGGUGGAGGCUGUCAACUCCACGUCUGUUAAAGUGCUGUGGCGGUCGCCGGUGCCGAGCAGGCAGCACGGCCAGAUCCGUGGGUACCAGGUGCACUAUGUCAGGAUGGUUAAUGGGGAACCCGGUGGUCACCCUGUCAUCAAGGACAUUCUGAUCGAUGACGCUCAGUGGGAGUAUGAUGAUUCAGCCGAACAUGAAUUAGUCCUCACUGACCUGCACGCUGAGACCAUGUACUCGGUUACGGUCGCCGCUUACACGACCAAAGGCGACGGAGCGCGCAGCAAACCCAAGCUGGUCACCACCACCGGAGCCGUUCCGGAAAAGCCUCGUCUCAUGGUGAGUCCGACGAACAUGGGCACGGCAUUACUGCAGUGGCACCCACCGACAAACACCUACGGCCUGCUGCAAGGCUACCGACUGCGGUUCGGCCGUAAGGACGUGGAGCCCCUGACCGUGAUCGAGUUCUCCGAGCGCGAGAACCACUACACCACCAAAGAGAUCCACAAGGGGGCAUCCUACACCUUCCGCCUCUCGGCCCGCAACCGGGUGGGAUUCGGAGAGGAGACGGUGAAGGAGAUCACCACGCCCGAGGACACUCCUGCCGGUUACCCACAAGGCAUCGUAGCCCAAAGUAGCACGACCACCACCAUUCAGGUCAGCUGGCAGCCUGUGGCGUUAGCCGAGCGCAACGGAGCCGUCAUCAAAUACGCCCUUCAGUACAAAGACAUCAACAGCCCUCGCAGCCCCUCAGAACUGUUCAUCACAGCACCUGAGUCCACCGUCACACUGGACGGCCUUAAAGCAGACACCACGUACGAUAUUAAAAUGUGUGCCUUCACCAGUAAGGGCCCCGGCCCUUACAGUCCUAGCGUCCAGUUCAGAACGCAACCCAUCAACCAAGUGUUUGCAAAAAAUUUUCACGUGAGAGCUGCCAUGAAGACUUCGGUGCUGCUGACGUGGGAGAUUCCCGAGAACUACAACCCCGCGCAGCCGUUUACGAUCCUGUAUGAUAACGGCCAGAGUGUGGAGGUGGAUGGGAAGCUGACGCAGAAGCUCAUCACCAACCUUCAGCCGGAGACGCAGUACUCCUUCCUGCUCACCAACCGUGGGAACAGCGCCGGAGGACUGCAGCACCGCGUCUCCACCAUGACAGCGCCUGACAUACUGCGCACCAAACCCUACCUGAUCGGCAAGACCAGUUCAGACGGCAUGGUCACGGUCGAGCUGCCGGCUGUUCAGACGGCUGAGAAAGUGAAGGGUUACUACAUCGUGGUGGUGCCGCUGAAGAAACAGCGGCCCGGAAAGUUCAUCAAACCAUGGGACAGUCCGGAUGAGAUGAAUCUGGAGGAGCUGUUGCGAGAAAUCAACCGAACGAGUCGCGCUCUUCGCUUCCGUCGGCAGAUGGAGCCCAAGCCGUACAUCGCGGCGUAUUUCCGCGAGCUGCCGACCGAGUUCACGCUGGGAGACGCUGAGAUGUACGGAGACUUCGAGAACAAGCAGCUGCUGAACGGACAGGAGUACGUCUUCUUCGUGCUGGCGGUGCUGGAGAUCUCCGACAGCAUGUUGUACGCGGCGAGUCCGUACUCUGAUCUGGUGAUGUUUGCCGAUAUCGACCCGCAGCCCAUAAUCGAUGAAGAGGAGGGUCUGAUCUGGGUCGUGGGGCCUGUGCUGGCCGUCAUCUUCAUCAUCUGCAUCGUCAUCGCCAUCCUGCUGUACAAGAGGAAAAGGGCGGAGUCAGAGGCCAGGAAAGGCAGUCUGCCCAGCGGUAAAGAAAUGCCCUCCCAUCACCCCACAGACCCUGUGGAGUUACGCCGUCUGAACUUCCAGACUCCCGGGAUGGCCAGUCCCCCUCCCAUCCCAGUCAUGGAGCUGGCCGAUCACAUCGAACGCCUGAAAGCAAACGACAACUUGAAGUUGUCGCAGGAGUAUGAGUCGGUCGAUCCCGGUCAGCAGUUCACGUGGGAGCACUCCAACCUGGAGGUCAACAAACCAAAGAACAGAUACGCAAACGUCAUCGCCUACGAUCACUCCAGAGUCCUGCUCUCCGCCAUCGAUGGUACGCACACCACUGUCUGAACAUCCUCAAAACAAGAUACGUAAUAUAGAGAGCAAUGGACCUUCGGCGAUUUCUGGCGGAUGAUCUGGGAGCAGCGGAGCUCAAACAUCGUCAUGAUGACCAAACUGGAGGAAAGAUCCAGGGUGAAGUGUGACCAGUACUGGCCCAACAGAGCGACGGAGACGUACGGACUCAUUCAGGUCACGCUGCUGGACACGGUGGAGCUGGCCACGUACUGCGUCCGGACGUUUGCACUUUACAAGAGCGGCUCCAGCGAGAAGCGAGAGUUGCGGCAGUUCCAGUUCACGGCGUGGCCGGAUCACGGCGUUCCGGAGCAUCCCACGCCGUUCCUGGCCUUCCUGCGCAGAGUCAAGUCCUGCAACCCACUGGACGCCGGACCCAUGGUGGUGCACUGCAGUGCCGGCGUGGGUCGGACCGGCUGCUUCAUCGUCAUCGACGCCAUGCUGGAGCGAAUCAAACACGAGAAGACGGUGGACAUCUACGGUCACGUGACGCUCAUGCGUGCACAGAGGAACUACAUGGUCCAGACGGAAGACCAGUAUGUCUUCAUUCACGACGCGCUCCAGGAGGCCGUCACCUGCGGCACCACCGAGGUUCCCGCCAGGAACCUGUACGCAUACAUCCAGAAACUCACGCAGAUCGAGUCCGGAGAGAACGUCACCGGGAUGGAGCUGGAGUUUAAGCGGUUAGCGAACACAAAAGCUCACACCUCACGGUUCAUCAGUGCCAACCUGCCCUGCAACAAAUUCAAGAACAGACUGGUUAACAUCAUGCCCUACGAGUCCACGCGCGUCUGUCUGCAGCCAAUCAGAGGAGUCGAGGGCUCCGACUACAUCAACGCCAGCUUCAUCGACGGAUACAGGCAACAGAAGGCUUACAUCGCCACGCAGGGUCCUUUAGCUGAAACCACAGAAGACUUCUGGAGGAUGCUGUGGGAACACAACUCCACCAUCGUCGUGAUGCUGACCAAACUCAGAGAGAUGGGCAGAGAAAAGUGCCAUCAGUACUGGCCAGCAGAGCGUUCAGCCAGAUAUCAGUACUUUGUGGUGGAUCCAAUGGCUGAAUACAACAUGCCGCAGUACAUCCUGCGAGAGUUUAAAGUGACGGACGCACGGGACGGACAGUCACGGACCGUCAGGCAGUUCCAGUUCACAGACUGGCCAGAACAAGGCGUGCCAAAAUCAGGGGAAGGCUUCAUCGACUUCAUCGGCCAAGUGCAUAAAACAAAAGAGCAGUUUGGUCAGGACGGACCCAUAUCGGUCCACUGUAGUGCUGGCGUGGGCAGGACAGGUGUCUUCAUCACGCUCAGCAUCGUUCUGGAGCGCAUGCGCUAUGAAGGAGUGGUGGACAUCUUCCAGACAGUCAAGAUGUUGAGAACACAGCGGCCGGCGAUGGUCCAGACUGAAGAUCAGUACCAGUUUUGUUACAGAGCUGGGUUGGAGUAUCUCGGGAGCUUCGACCACUAUGCAACAUAAGAUCUUCGUCCCGCUGUCAGGGAGACGGAUCAGCCAUCGGACAUCCAGCGGUCAUUUAAUUCUUCUGAGCCAUAAAUACCUGCUUGUGAAAAGAACUUAAACUCUUCGAUUACAUGUUGGAUGUGCAACGUAAACCUAGAAAUACUUACAAACGACAAUAAAAAGACAAAUAUCCAGGUGGACCAAGAAAAAUCACCCGAUCUGAUUUCAAAAAGUAAAUCAUGAAUAAAUAAAUAGUAAUAAUAAUAAUAAUAAUAAUUUCAGACAGGUGAAUCUAGACUGCUGAAGUGCGGAAUAAUCGCUGCUUCGAGGAUUCAUGAAUCAUAAAGGAGUCAACGAACACAGACGCUGUGAGACGGGGAGCUCGAGACACGGUGUAAAGAGAAUUUGUUUUGUUCCACAAUCAAUACGAGGAGAUACGUCACUGAUGAAGAGAGGAGACUUCAUCACGACCACCACCAUCAUCAUCAUCAUCGAAGAAGACUAAACGAACAGAGCUGAAGUAAUAACUACAACACGCCGACCGUUCGGUUAGACGUCCGGAGAAACCACACAAAUAAUGCAUACCAGCUUUUGUUUCACGUUCCGUGGUGUUUUCCUCGCUUAUAUGACAGAAAUCAGCGUAGACUGACCGUAUUUCUCAUGUUUUUUUUCUGAUGUCCUGAUGUUCGCACCCAUGUUCCCUCCUUCAUUCAUCGUUUUGCUGGUGGUUUGUGGCGUUUUGUUUGAAACACACACGCUGAAUCAUGGGGUGGGCAGAGUAUAAAGGUUAGAAGAUAUCUCAGUUCUUCCAUGAGCAGAGAGAGAGAGAGAUAUUAAUAAAGUCUUUAUUUAUAUAACCUUGAAAUGUAUAUUCACAAAAUAUAGAUAUAUGGAUGAUAUAAUAUAAGGGAAUGAUGGUGGGUUUUCCACUGGAAUGCACAUCAGCAGGACGGACGGACAGACACGCAUCUUGUGCAAUAACUAGACGUUUUACGGCCGGAGGGUUCGAUUCGCGUCGGUUUAACGAGGACGGGGCGAUCAUCAUCAUGUUCACGAGCUCAUGGGUCAAAGGUCAUCGUCGUGCAUCCGUUAGGCCACAGGUACGAAGACGUCCACGUGUUCAUUCUUUUGCAUUUAGAGUGCCUUAUAUUUAUGCCUGUUCUUUUCUACGAUAUUCAUUUAACGACGUGUAUAGUUUAAGUAGUUCAUGUACGAGUAUUUAUCGAUUGAUUUCCCACCAGAUUUAUAGUCUAUGAAAUUAUAUAUGCAAAUACGUAA